CCUCCCCUCCUCAAUCCCAAUCCCGCCAAAACUGUCGCCAUUCAUGGCGACAUGGCGCCAUCAGCGGCCUCCCUUCCCUCGCCAUACACUUCGCCCUCGCCACCUCCUCCUCUUAUCUGCUUCUUUCUUUAGCUUGCUAGCUACUAGUACUAGUAAUUGUAGUGGUGAGUCGUUGCCGGCGAGGUCGGAGCAGCAGCAGAAGCAGCCAUGGCGGACGACGGCAAGAGCAGUAACCAGAUCCUCCAGGAGCUCGACGCGCUCAGCCACACGCUGUACCAGGCGCACACCAACCGCCGGACCGCGUCGCUCGCGCUGCCUCGCUCGGCCUCCGAGGUCAAUGGCGGCGGCGCCGAUGUCGUCCGGGCCGAGUCGCGCCCGCGGUCGCGGCGGCUGUCCCUGUCGCCGUUCCGCUCGAGGCCUAAGCAGGACAAGAACGCGAUCGUCGACGACGACGACGACGACGACGGCGACGACGAUGGCGACAAGGGGGCACGCCGCGCGCCGUCCAAGAGCCAGAGCUUCGCGGCGGUGACGACCCCGGGCGGCGAGGCGGCGGCGGUGGCGGGAGAGAAGAAGGGGAUAUGGGGCUGGAAGCCGAUCCGCGCGCUGUCGCACAUCGGCAUGAACCGGCUCGGCUGCCUCUUCUCCGUCGAGGUGGUGGCGGCGCAGGGCCUGCCGCCGUCCAUGAACGGGCUGCGCCUCGCCGUCGCCGUGCGCAAGAAGGAGACGCGCGACGGCGCCAUGCAGACCAUGCCGUCGCGCGUGCAGCAGGGCGCCGCCGACUUCGAGGAGACGCUCUUCGUGCGCUGCCACCUCUACUGCAGCGGCGGCGCCGGCACCGGCAAGCCGCUCAGGUUCGAGCCCCGGCCGUUCCUCCUGUCGGCGGUGGCCGUGGAAGCCCCCGAGCUCGACUUUGGCCGGAGCGCCGUCGACCUGAGCCUCCUCGUGAAGGAGUCCACGGACAAGAGCCAGCAAGGGGAGCGUGUCCGGCAAUGGGACAUGGCGUUGCCGCUCGCCGGGAAGGCGAAGGGCGGCGAGCUCGUCGUCAAACUGUCGUUCCAGAUCAUGGACGACGGCGGCGUCGGGCUGUUCAACCAGACCGGAGCAGCAACCAAGAUUAACUCGUCGUCGUCGUCUUCUUCCUUGUUUGCACGGAAGCAGAGCAAGCUAUCCUUCAGCAUCACGAGCCCGAAGGUGUCGCGGUCGGAGCCGAAGCUGACGCCGACAAAGGGCUCGCCGUCGCCGGACUUGCGAGGCAUUGACGACUUCAAGCUCGACGAGCCCAGUUUGCCAUCGCUGGCAGAGGCCAAGCAAGAGCAGAAGGAGCCAGAGCCGCCGGAGCCGGAGGAGAAGGUCGAUGACUCGGAGUUCCCGGAGUUCGACGUAGUGGACAAAGGAGUGGAAGGGCAAGAAGAGAACGUCGUUGAAGCGAAAGGCGCGGCGGAAGAAGAAGCCAAGGAGGAGAAGGCGGCGGCGGAGGAGGCGCCCACGUCGGCCGCCGGCGACGAGGUCGUGAAGGAGGUGGUGCACGACAGCGCGCACGCGUGGCGCAUCAACGAGCUGGAGGCGAUCACCAACCAGAUCAAGGCUCUCGAGUCAAUGAUGCUCGGCGACGCGCCGGCCGCCGGCAAGACGGAGGAUACGCGGGACGGCGACGCGGCGGCGCUGGACACCGACGAGGAGGAGGUGACCAGGGAGUUCUUGCAGCUGCUGGAGCAAGGAGACGGCAAGGCCACCCUCGCCAAGUCGGUGUCAUCGCUCAAGUCCGGCGCGAAGCGGGACACCGGCGGCGCCGCCGACGCGUCGGCGGCGUGCUACAUCUCCGACCUCGGCAAGGGGCUCGGCCCCAUCGUGCAGACCAGGGACGGCGGCUACCUGGCGGCGACCAACCCGUUCGACAUCCCCGUGGAGAGGAAGGAGCUCCCCAAGCUCGCCAUGCAGCUGUCCAAGCCGGUCAUCCUCCGCGACCAGAGGCUCCCCGGCGGCGGCGCCGAGCUGUUCCAGCAGCUGUGCGCCGGCGGCUGCGAGGCCCUGUUCGAGAAGCUGGCGGCGCUCGUCGGGACGGACGAGGUGGUCGGCAAGACGGCGGAGCAGAUCGCCUUCGAGGGCAUGGCGACGGCGAUCAUCAGCGCGCGGAGCGCGGCGCUCGGCGCGAGCUCCAGCGCGGCGCAGACCGUGUCGCUGCUUCGGACGAUGUCGUCGGCGAUGAGCGACGGGCGGCAGGAGAGGAUCGACACCGGCAUCUGGAACGCCCACGAGACGCCGGUGACCGUCGACGAGAUCCUGGCGUUCUCGCUGCAGAAGAUCGAGGCCAUGGCCAUCAAGGCGCUCAAGGUGCAGGCCGACAUGGCCGACGAGCAGUCGCCGUUCGACGUGUCACCGGCCAGCGACAAGCGGGGCGGCGGCCACCUCCUCGACGCCGCCGUGCCACCGGAGGAUUGGGCGCUCGCCUGCGUCGGCGCCGACACGGUGACCAUGCUGCUCGUCGCCCAGCUAAGGGAUCCCCUGCGCCGGUACGAGGCGGUCGGCGCGCCGUCGAUCGUGAUCAUCCAGGCCGUCAGAAUCGCCGGCAACGACGACGACGACGAGCCGAAGUUCAAGGUGGCGAACAUGCACGUCGGCGGCCUCCGGCUGAAGUCGGCCGACCGGCGUAACGUCUGGGACGGCGAGAAGCAGCGGCUGACGGCGAUGCACUGGCUCGUCGCCUACGGGCUCGGCAAGGCCGGCAGGAAGGGGAGGACGGCGGCGGCGGCGGGGAAAUCCGGCCAUGACGUGCUCUGGAGCAUGUCGUCGAGGGUGAUGGCCGACAUGUGGCUCAAGCCGUUGCGCAACCCUGACGUGAAGAUCCCUCUCAAGUAGAUGCUGCAUUGCUGCCUCUGUGCUUCUCUGAUGCUGAAAAAAAAAGAACAUAUUCAAGCCCGGUUCUCUUUAUAUUCUUCUGAAUUUUGAAAGCUCAAGAUUGUAAUUUAUACUUGGUUCCUGCAUUGUGAUUGUAUUGUAAUGAGGAAAUGUGAGUGUCUAAGAAUUAGAUUCCAACACUGUUUAUUGUGUUGUAAGUAUUCAUGUCAUGUACUGAAAGAGGCAUAAUACUGUUUCUGUAAGUUCACAAAGCUUAGUUCAAAAUGUACAAAAAUUUUGAACAAGGUUACUUAUGACUUAUGAGUCAUACGAGUAAGGAUUAUGGAA